CCUUUUAAAACCGCGAGCACGCAUCCCCCCUUCGCCUCCUGUCCCCUACGUCAACGGCCAAACUUCCUCCUCCUCCUCUUGGUACAAAUUCUCCGGCGACGAAUCGGGGGUCCUGUUCCUUCGGGCCGCCCAUGGCAUUCGCGGCCCAGGCGGCGCGGCUCGCCGCCUCCGCGCUCGUCGCCGGCGUCGUGGUGGCGGUGGUGGUGAUGCCGGUGCCGGCGGCCGGAGGGGUGUGCUUUGACAGGAUAUUCAGCUUUGGGGACUCGCUCACGGACACGGGCAACUUCCUGCUCUCCGUGCCGGACGACUUCCCGGACCCCGCGCGGAGCCUCCCCUACGGCCAGACCUUCUUCGGCCGCCCCUCCGGCCGCUACUCCGACGGCCGCAACCUCCUCGAUUUCUUCGCUGAAGCAUUCCGACUGCCUUUUGUGCCACCCUACCUUGGCGGUGGGGACUUCCUGAAUGGCGCUAAUUUUGCGGUUGGGGGUGCGACUGCGCUCAACAACUCCUUCUUCCGAGAGCUUGGUGUGGAGCCUACAUGGACACCACACUCCCUUGAUGAGCAAAUGCAGUGGUUCAAGAAACUGCUUCCGUCCAUUGCCUCCACAAAGUCUGAACAUAGUGAUAUGAUGUCAAAAUCACUUUUCCUUGUUGGAGAGGUCGGUGGGAAUGAUUACAACCAUCUAAUGGUCAGGGGGAAAUCUCUUGAUGAGCUACGCAAGCUUGUUCCUCAGGUUGUUGGUGUCAUAAGCUUAGCUAUCACGGAGCUUAUAAAUCUUGGCGCGAAGAAAUUCGUUGUUCCUGGAAAUUUCCCGAUAGGGUGUGUCCCAUUGUAUCUCUCAAUACUUCCAAGUGAAGAGAAGGGUUACUAUAAUGAAGAAACAGGGUGCAUUGAGUGGCUAAACGAAUUUACCGAGUACCACAAUCGUUUGCUCCAGGAGGAGCUAGAGAAACUUAGGAAUCUUCACCCAGAUGUAUCUGUCAUUUAUGCUGAUUAUUAUGGUGCUACACUGAACAUAUAUCGUGCCCCACUGCAGUUUGGUUUCACUGUCCCAUUGAACUCAUGCUGCGGAAGCGACGCCCCACAUAACUGUUCUCUGUCAGUAAUGUGUGGAAACCCUGGAUCUUUCGUCUGCCCUGACCCAUCAAAGUACAUCUCAUGGGACGGUUUACACUUCACUGAAGCGACCUACAAAGUUAUCAUCCAAGGAGUGCUGGGGUCUUAUGCUGUUCCUCCUCUUUCGGAAAUUUGUCGGGGUGGAGAGUACAAAGUCUCCCAGCUUCAUCAAUGUACAGACAGCAAUCCUACGAACACUGUAACAUACGAUGCUAUGAGCUCUUUUAUUUGAUAAUGUGGGCUCUGCUACACGUAGAAUUCCAAGAGGCAAUACAUAGAUAAUUGCUU